CGCACGCUCACACCCUCCUCCCUGCGUCUCUGGUGCGUAAUGAGUGUGCGUCAGGGUAUUGCGCUUUGUUUGGGUGAGUUCACUUCUCGGGUUUCAGCCGGUGGAGCCGGAUCACUUCCUCCUUCCCUGCGCACACGGGUUCGUCAAAUAUCCUCAAUCGUUAAAUCUGUGAAGUUACAUCUGAGUUAAUCUGCAAGUUUCUGGAUGAUGGAUUUGCGGAUUUCGCUGCCUGCUCUCCUGCUCGUCCUUGGUUUGGCGACUGUCUUCGCUGCGGCACCUGACUCAGUGUGUGAGGCGAAGAAUGGAACAAGCUGUGAGGAAUGUCUGAAAAAUGUGUCGUGCUUGUGGUGCAUCAAAACCAAGUCCUGUGUCACAUAUCCAGUGAAGACCAUCCUGCCCCCCCACGCACUCUGUCCACUGAAUGAAGCUCGUUGGGGGCUCUGCUGGAUGAACUUCCAGACCCUGAUAAUCACCUUGGCAGUGUUUGGUGGGAUCAUCAUCAUCGCCUUCUUCGUCUGCUUGUUCUGCUGCUGCAAGUGUGAAAACUUCGGAUCCAAUCGGUUUAAUGCCAAGAUGCAGCGACAAAACGAUAAGACGAAAACAAAGCAGGAAGAAAGGAGGGCAGAGAUGAAAGACCGACAUGAGGAAAUCAGGAAGAAAUAUGGUCUAAGUGGACAAAACCCGUACUCCAGAUUUGCAUGAGAGCAUCAGACACCACAGACCUCUGAGGUUAUCAUAGACAGCAGCAGACUGUCUUGUUGUUGUGAGUGGAGACGUGACCCCGAGGAUGAAUGAAAACUAUAGUUAAUUAAAUGCCACAGAAGUGCCAGUUUGUAUAGACCGCCAUUAGUGUCGCUCAGCCAAUGAACAGGAGUGUGAUGUUCACUGUAAUGAACCAGGAGGCUGUAAGUGACGGAGAGAAUAGAUGUAGCAGCAGUGUGGCUGCUGAAGCAUCAGUCCACUCAUAUUUAUUAGAUCAGUUUCAUUGGACAGUUUGGAGAGAAUCAUGUUUGGGAGCAGACACAGUUUUUGUUGCAUCUGUUAUGUUUCAAAUGUCACAUAUUUGUAUGUUGCUCUGAGUUAAUGGAGUUUAGAAAUAUAUUCAGAAAUGAUCGUUAUUUUUUUACUUAGUGUAUUUGUUUCUCAUUUUGUUGUUUUUAUUGUGUUGUUACUAUAGUUCAACUCAAAACAAUGUGUUAUCACAUGAUAAGUUCCGAAGGAAAGAUUCAGUAACAUUGAAAUUAAAUCUUCAACCUAAAUCGAUCACUGAAAUCAGACAAAUUCUACCGUUAGAUAAAGGACUUCAUAAUUAAUCCUGUCAAUGACACUGGACUCUGGUGGAGUUUGUGUUGCCUGGUCUGCAUCAUGUUACAUAAAAAAACUACUUUUCCCUUUA